GCAGAGCGGGUGGUUAGAGAAGUUGAGUCUAGCAGAGUUUGCGUAUAAUAAUGCAAUGCAUGUGUCUACGGGCAGAGCCCCAUUUGUGGCAAACUAUGGCUUGCACCCAAGGGCAUUCCCAGGUCAAGAGGAGCAGUUAGCAGUACCAGCAGCAGAACAAAUGAUAGAGGAGUUGAGGUGCAUUCAUGAGAUAUUGAAAGAGGAUUUGGAAGAAGCUAAAGAGGCUUACAAGAAAGCUGCAGACAGGCACCGGCGAGUUGGGGAAGAAAUCCAAGUAGGGAGCUGGGUAUGGCUGUCUACCAAGGGACUACCAAUACGAGGGAGGUGUAAAAAGCUAGAACCAAGGAGAUUGGGACCUUUCCAAGUAAAGGCUCAAAUUAACCCAGUCGCUUUCAAGCUUCAUUUGCCUGAAAAUAUGAGAAUACACCCUGUAUUUCAUAGAUCUUUAUUGUCAGUGUUUGUACCAGCGCAUAAGUAUCAAAUUUCAAGGGGACCACCUCCUUUUCCCACCAUGAUGGGGGAAGAGGAGACCGAAGUGGAAGAGAUAUUAGACUCGAGAAUAAGUAGGAGGAAAUUACAGUAUUUGGUUGCAUGGAAAGGGUUAGAUGAGUCUGAGAACUCAUGGGAACCAGCAGAAAAAAUUAACGUUCCAGAAUUGCAGAGAGAAUUUCAUAGAAAAUAUCCCCACAAGCCAAAACCCCAUAACUGGCAUCUUCAAGAAAUUUUUGAAGAGACAGAUAGCGAGGAAGAAGAGUUCAUAGGGUUCUGUCCUUCAGAAACAGAGGAGAGUGAGAAGGAGGAAGGGGGGCUUAGGGGAGGGAGUGAUGUCAGGGAGGAGUUAGAAUUUUCCAGUUUCUCAGAGGGAGAAAGCAUUCGCCAAGGGGGGAAGGAGAGCAGUGAAUCUAAUAGAAGGGAGCAAGAGGAACAACAGGGAGGGACUGGCUGUUCACAGGAAAGGCAAGGGUUAAGUUCUAGCUCAGACUUGGAGGAGGGGAGAUACAGGCCAGCUCUAGCCAGGAGGUUAGGAAAAAGAGCGGGAAAGCGAAGGGAAAGGCGCCUUCGCCAUUUUGAGAGUGGCUGGUCAUGGAGAAGCAGAGCUCAGAAGGUAUCUGAAAUAAGUGACGCUGAGGAAUAA